GUCUCCCAUAGUGCUCUGCACUGCCAACGUAGGCAAACAGGAAGAUGGCUACCGGCUUUUAACAUUAACUCUCCGCUUUAAAUUACAGCUCUGUGGUAAUAAAACAUUUUCUGUGCCUCCGCAGUAGAAGACAACAUCACCCGUAGAGAUCGUCAACGGAGCCACAGACUCUAAACACAGCGUCUUCUUGUCCAUACAGUGUCAGUCAAAAUGGCAAGUCCAAGGACCAGAAGAGUUCUGAAGGAAGUGAGAACCCAGGAUGAGAAUAAUUUGUGUUUCGAAUGUGGGGCUUUUAACCCUCAGUGGGUUAGUGUGACCUAUGGAAUCUGGAUUUGUCUUGAGUGCUCUGGUAAACACAGAGGCCUGGGGGUACAUCUCAGUUUUGUGCGCUCUGUCACCAUGGACAAGUGGAAAGAUGUAGAGCUCGAGAAGAUGAAAGCAGGCGGAAAUGGAAAAUUCCGUCUGUUUCUUGAAAUUCAAGAUGAUUACGAUCCCAACUGGACUUUGCAGGAGAAAUACAACAGCAGAGCAGCUGCACUCUAUAGGGACAAGGUUGCAACCACAGCUGAGGGAAAGGAGUGGUCCAUUGAGACAUCACCUGCGAGAAACUGGACGUCCCCUCAGCCCAAGGCAAGCCUUUCAUCCUCCCAUCGCUCGGCAGGAUCUGGACAAACCGCGGCAAAAUCUAGCGACGCAGCUUUUGAAGACUGGUUGAGCGAUGAUGUGAACUCUUAUCAGAGUGGCGGAGGUUACAAUGGCAAUCAAGAGAAUCGUUAUGUUGGCUUUGGCAACACUGUGACCCCGGAGAAGAAAGAGGAGGACUUCCUGAACAACGCCAUGUCUUCUAUUUAUUCGGGUUGGAGCAGUUUCACUGUUGGAGCUAGCAAGUUUGCUUCUAUUGCUAAAGAUAAUACAACUAAACUGGCCAACACAGCAACUUUAAAGUUAAGGGGCUAUAAAGCGCCCCCAGAACCGGCCACAGAGUUAGGACAGACCUUAAAUGAGAAUGUUAUCAAACCCACCCAAGAGAAGGUGAAAGAUGGCAAAUUGCUAGAUGAAAUGACAGUCAGCAUCACUGGGCUGGCAAACAAGAUUCAGGGAGCUGGUGCAAAACUGACCAACAUCAUAUCUGGAAAACCAGAUGAUGGGUCUGCUGGAGAAAGCUAUCAAAACAUGGAUGCCAGUGAGGGCUAUCAGGGCAGUUCUAGCCAGCCUGUCGCAAACGACUUCUGGGAAACCUUUGGCAGCAAUAGCUCCUUAAAGGCCAAGAAAUCUCCAAGCAGUGACAGCUGGACCAACGUAGAUAAUUCUGCAAAGAAGAGCUCUGACAGUUGGGACAAUUGGGGCUCCGAAGCAGCGUCCAACAACAAACACAGCACAGAGGAGAGCUGGGAGGCCUGGGACAACAACUGGGAGAAUGCAGAUGGUAAGACAAAGAAGAGUCCCACGAAGCCUGCUGAGGAAACCUGGGAUAAAGGAGACUGGUAGUGACCUCACAAUCAUACCUCAUAUUUCUCCCCCCUUUUCUCUCCCUCUCUCUUUCUCUGUUCAUCUCACUGGCACUUUCAGGGAAAGAGCAAGCAAUUGCUUACUUCCUAUCAGUCCAUUCAAAUAAAUAUUUAUUUUUAAUCCCAGGAAACAAAGAAAGAAGACAAGGGUUAGUUGAGCUCAUUAUUGAUUAUUGAAUAAAAUACGGUAUUGACUUGCAGUCAUGUAUAUUAAUGUAAAUUGCUAUCAUCGCAGUGGACUAUGCUGAAUUAUUGUAGAUAUGGUCAUAAUUUGACUGCCUGAACUCUUCAAAUAUAAUGGUCUUGAUGGUGAACAAGAUAAUGUUUAUAUCAUAUCAUGGGAUUGAUGAUACCGGUUUUCUGUCAACCACGUGAAAGUGAUGCAUGGAAUUGAAAAUGGAACAUUGAGAAUACGGAUCCUUGUAAAUACAGAAUGACUGACUAAUCACAUUUAUUUGUGUGUUCAGACUUAAUCUGCCCCUCUAACUUUUACACAUAAUAAUUUUAUACACAUUAUUUUUUAUCAUGUUCCCAAGACCAUUAGAAAUCUACCACAGUGAGUAAAGCUACUGCUUUCACAGGUCGAUGGGCAGUUCAUGUUGGUUUCACGCAACAACCUGAAUUCAAACUUUUAUCAAAAUUGAUUUAUUUAAUAUCAGACAGAUGAAAGCAAUUGUUUACUGGUUAAUGCAAAUUAGGGAUUUUACUUUCACUUUUCCCCAUCGUCACUGUCUAUUGUUAAAUGCUCAAGACUCAAAUACAUUGAUUACAGUGGUAUUCAUUGACUGAUGGAUUUUUUUCUAACAUCUCUUCCCCAAUAUUAUGCUUUGUUUUGUUUUCGUUGUUUUUCUUCGUCGGAUCUUAGAGUCAGUUAAACUCACAGUCAGGACAAGCAGCGUUCACUUGUUGUAAACCAGGCUUAAACCAGGCUUAAACCAGGCUCAAUAAUGGCUCAUCUGAUAAAACAAAACUUGAUCUUCACUUGUUUCAUUGAUAUGAAACAUUUGGUUUAUUUGGUACUUAAACCAUCCCUUAUGUCAGGGUUAUUGUAUAUGCUGUAUGCAUUAUAGGGUGGUCAUGAUGAAAUUGAUGACAGUAGACGGCAGCUUGUUAUCUGCAGAGUUCUGUGACUGACACAUUUCUGUCAAGUGUCAUCGCACCUUGAGCGGUAAUUAUUGUGAGGAUUUGGUGUCCCACAUAUCUUCUGUGUGUUGUAGAGUUUAGAUGAUCAUGAGCUGCUUCACACUGUUAAUGCUAAAAUUCAACUCAAUUCUCCCGCCUUCCUAAAAUUGAAAUUGGAUGUCAGUGUUUUAGAAUGAGACACAUUUUUGUCCCCUUUCUGGCCUUAGACAUUUUUUUUUUCUAUUGUAAUUCAUGGAACGUCUGCUGUCUGUUUAUCACACAAUCGUCCAGUGGUUUGCUUACCAGGUUUUUUAAAACUGGUCCCUGAGUGGAAAAAUCUCAGAACACUGCCCUUGUGUUUUCAUGUCAGCAACAAAUGCGCUACUUUGAGAAAAGUCACUAAUUUGGCACUGUUGUUUGGGCUUUUAUCUUUAGGGCGCGAGCACUCACACAGUAGUGCGAGGACUUAUUGGGGUUCCUGGAGCACCCUUACUAAGUGCACCAGUGUGUUUGUAUGAGAAAUGCGAGAGACAUCGGUAGCAAUAUGACAGAUGUAUCGCUUCUGCCCAGUCCAGUUACCGCAGCAACCACUGUGCCGACCGUGACAUUAUUUGGAUUAAGAAUGCAAGACAAUGGGACAACGAGCCUUGCGCUGAUAGGACAGGAGAGUGAUGUAAGCAAGGUCGGUCUAAAAUAGAUGAUGGCAAAAUUUGAAUGCAGUAGCUGGUGUUUAGAUAUGUUGAUUUUAUCACAUGUAUAAUUUCAAUAUUUUACACUAAAAUGUGACGAUUUGCACCUUGAAAUACAAAUAACAUUAAUAGAUACCUAUAUAAACAAAUGGAUUUUAUAAAUAAAGCAACCUCAUACUAAAUACCGGUUAGAUUCAACUGUGGCAAAUUCAACAGCAUUUCUAAAGUCUUUGAUCUGCAUUUGUGUGUUUGAGACCAAACCUCCUGACAAAUAUCAAAACCUGUCAACAGGCUUAGUUUGCAUCAAUUAUUUGGUGCUUGGCUUGUGCUCUCAUUGGCCAGCAGUCACUCAUCAGCUGCUCACAGAACAGUGUGCCACUGCGAUCACAGCUGCUCGAUUGUUGUGUGUCAUUUUGGCGUGAUCACAUUUUUAAGUGUAACUAUCGGAGACUAGCGAAGGAUCACUCCUGAAAACCGUACUUCAUGUCCAUUCCUACCUCAAAGAAGUCUUUAGUUUACUGAUGUGAGUACCCAGUAGUAAACACAUUUUUCUUCUUCACCUUUCAGUAUGGAUUUGAUGUGGACCUUACAAUAACAGACUUGAUUUGCUGUGACCUAUUUUGUCUUUGUUGAAAUCAGUGAAAAUGCGAAUUAUGUAAAAAAAAAAAAACAAACAAACAAAAGAAACUGCUCCCUCCUGGCUCAUUUUUGUCGCUUAACCUCUGCUGUCAUGUAUGGUCAUGUGUGAAAUGCCUUAAAAAGCUGUGUUUGCUUUUUGUUCAUAUUGAUGUCACUUUGCUUGUGUGUCUGAUACAGUGAGGUGUACAUAUCUGUAAAUCAACAUCUAUGAAAUUAUAUGCCCUUACCCUCAACAUAACCUUUUAUUACUGGAGCAUUAUUUUGUAUUCUUCUUUUUAUUUUAUGACGGUAUGACAGAAAGCAAAUUCACCAGAAACGUAUAGACUAUGUUGUGAUAACCCAUGGUUUAAAGAGAGUAAAUAAUCUCCUGUCUGAAAUGUGUAAAGAUCAUAUUUCUAAAAAAGUAGUUUUACCUUUGGUGAAUGUUCUUCUAGGGUUACUGCUACACUAAAUGCAGAAUGUGUUAUUGAAUGAAAUGCAUCCACUAGGCCUUGUCGUAAGUUAAUGGUUUAAAAAAGGAACUUUUAAACUGUUCUGCCGCAUAGCCUGAAUCCAAUUCGAAAUGUAAUUUUCCAGAUCGACAGUUUAGCUCCAUGUCUGUGCCUGUUAAACAUUUGAAAUGGGGUAUGUCCACGCGUGUUGAUCCAACUUAACUGUCAUGUCAGAAAUUAUAUUUUUAAUGUUGUGCAUGAACUGUAACAUGGAACUAAAUGCGUUGAGCUGGUUUUUGAUUUCCAAAAGUUGUUUGCUCAGUGAGUUAAAGUGCAGUUGUCUGCUUGCCCUCUCAAGUUUUUCACCAGCAGCAACCCCUCGAGGUGAGCCAGUGUUACAUACUCAGUCGAAGCUGUGGAUAUUUUCCUGUACACAUGGUUUGUGUGUUGAAUAAAAAUGUGUUGUGCUGUAAA